CCGGAAGUGCUCAGGCGGCCAUCUUGCUACACCCAUCUGAGUGUCUGUACUUGUUAAUGAGGCGGCUGUAAGAGGAGUCCCGUUGCACCGGGGCCACAAUGAAGCUAAUCAGCAAAGAUAUAGAGAAAGACAAUGCAGGGCAGGUGACGCUGAUUCCCGAGGAAGCCGAGGACAUGUGGCACACGUACAACCUCCUGCAGGUGGGCGACAGCCUGCGCGCCUCCACCAUCAGGAAAGUGCAGACAGAGUCGGCCACCGGCAGCGUGGGCAGUAACCGCGUGCGGACCACCCUCACCAUCUGUGUCGAGACCAUCGAUUUUGACUCCCAGGCUUGUCAGCUGAGGGUCAAAGGAAUCAAUAUCCAGGAAAACCAGUAUGUUAAGAUGGGGGCUUAUCACACUAUAGAACUGGAGCUGAACCGCAAGUUCACUUUGGCGAAAAAGCAGUGGGACAGCGUGGUUCUGGAGAGGAUCGAACAGGCGUGUGACCCCGCGUUCAGCGCUGACGUGGCCGCCGUGGUUAUGCAGGAAGGGCUGGCGCACAUCUGUCUGGUGACGCCGAGUAUGACGCUUCUCCGGGCGAAGGUAGAAACCAACAUCCCGCGAAAGAGGAGGGGUAACUGCACCCAGCAUGAAAAGGCUCUGGAGAAGUUCUAUGAGCAGGUGAUGCAGGGAAUUCUCCGACACGUUAACUUUGAGGUGGUGAGGGUCGUUCUCGUGGCCUCCCCGGGGUUUGUCCGCGAGCAGUUUUGUGAAUUCCUUUUCCUUCGAGCUGUAAAACAAGAUAUCAAAACCCUUCUGGAAAACCGCGGGAAAUUCCUCCAAGUUCACAGCUCGUCGGGACACAAGUACUCACUCACAGAGGUUCUGUGUGAUCCGGUGGUCACGGCGCGCCUGGCGGACACCAAGGCCGCCUCGGAGAUAAAAGCUCUGGGAGAUUUCUACAAAAUGCUAAAGAAUGAACCGGAUCGAGCAUUCUAUGGGGUUAAGCAAGUGGAGAAGGCUAAUGAGGCUUUGGCCAUCGACACCCUGCUUGUUACCGAUGAGUUGUUCAGACACCAGGACGUGGCCACACGGAGCCGAUAUGUGAGACUCGUGGACAGUGUGAAGGAUAAUGGAGGUGCAGUGAGGAUUUUCUCCAGUUUACACGUCUCAGGAGAACAACUGAGCCAACUGACUGGGGUGGCCGCCAUUUUACGUUUUCCGGUGGCAGAUCUAUCUGAGGACGAGUCUAGCUCUGAGGACGACUAAUUGUUGGCUGCAAUCAUCAUCAUCAUCAUCUUCAUCACACACAGAAAACGAAAGCAUUGGCCAGGUUCCUCAGUUAUUAUUAAUUUAUUGAUAACCCGUUCAGAUGGAGACUUCAGGUGGUGAAGGUGGGACUUUCAGAGGACCUGUUGCUGCAAAGGAGCAAUGGAAGAGCUUCUGUGAGUUACCUGGGCCCUCCAGGGGUUGUCAGCAGUGGGGAAUGUGCGUGCGCAAGGAGCAGGGUGUGGGUUACAAGAGUUCAAUAAACCUUUACAUGCUGCGACUCUG